AACGCACACAGCCAGCUGGAAAUCGAAAAAUAAAAAAAAUAUUUAACUAAAAAACGCGGAGACAAAAACCGAUACCCACGAGUUCUCGAAAUCGCUGUAAAAUUUGAAUUUCAAAUGACCUAAGGAUCUUGCUCCAGUUUUUUGUGUGCUUUCUGUGUUCCCUAUAAAAGAGUGAUAGCUGCGGGUUCGAGUGUCAGAACAGAUCAAGAUGCUGAGGUGGCCAGUGGUUUGCCUACUGCUCCCGCUUUUGGCCACGGCCAAGUUUUUCGAUCGCUGUGAGUUGGCCAAUUUGCUGCAGCACCGUUUUGGCCUUCCUGCCGCCCAGGUGGCCACCUUGGUGUGCAUAGCCCAGCACUCGAGUGACUUUAAUACGGCUGCCUUUGGCGGAGGAGCAGGACUGGGCGGUGGUUCCCAUGGUCUCUUCCAGAUCAGUGAUGUCUACUGGUGCUCGCCACCGGGUCAGGGAAAGGGUUGCGGGCUGAGUUGCUCCAGUUUGCGGGACGAUGACAUCGCCGACGAUGUCCUGUGCGUAAGGAAGAUCUAUGCAGAGCACCAGAGGAUCAGCGGAGAUGGUUUCACCGCCUGGCAGGCUUAUGGAGCCUACUGCAGCCAUGAUGCAGCCUCCUAUGUGGCAGGAUGUGGAGGUCCUGGCAGCACAGCUCUCGCGGUGGCCGCCUCCUACCAGAAACCCCAGCAAGUUCAGGUUCACAGCUAUCCUGUGACUCAAUACUACCACCAGGUGGCUCAAGUCCAGCCGCAGGGUAAAAUCUACAGCCGUUGCGAGCUGGCCCAAGAACUGUUUUACCAGCACAAGCUGCCCAUGCCGCAGAUUCCCACCUGGGUGUGCAUUGCCCAGCAUGAGUCCUCCUUCAACACAGCUGCCGUGGGUCGCCUGAAUGCUGAUGGCAGUGCGGAUCAUGGUCUCUUCCAGAUCAGCGACCUCUUCUGGUGCACCCACGAUCAGAGGGCUGGAAAGGGAUGCCAUGCCACCUGCAAUCAGUUCCUGGACACCAGCAUUGCCGACGAUGUGCAGUGCAUCCGGAGGAUCCAUCAGGAGCACACUCAGAUCUCGGGAGAUGGCUUCAAUGCCUGGACCGUGUACCAGAGGAACUGCCUCAAUCAGCACUACGAACAGGUGGCAGCCUGUUUUGCCAAGCCUCCGACUCACCAGCACCCCAAUGCCAUUGGGGGAGGAGGAGGUCCUGUGAAGCCCAAGGAAUUGGCCACCUGGGUGUGCAUCGCCGAGCAUGAGUCCUCCUUUAAAACGGCAGCUGUGGGUCGCCUGAAUGCGGAUGGGAGUGCGGAUCACGGGCUCUUCCAGAUCAGCGAUCUUUACUGGUGCACACAUGGCGAUGGAGGCGGCAAGGGCUGUCACAUCGACUGCAAUCGCCUGCUGGACUCGGAUAUCACGGAUGAUGUCAGGUGUGUGAGGACCAUCUACGAGGAGCACACUAGGAUUUCGGGGGAUGGUUUCACCGCCUGGACUGUCUACAAUGGACACUGCAGGCAGAAGACUAGAGCUGAUAUCGCCGGCUGUUUCGAGGGUAAAGAUCUGCCCGGGGAAGUGGCGAAACCACCUAGGGGAAACGAGCUGGUCAAGAAGGCAUCUCCACAUUCGAAGGGAAAAAUCUACAACCGCUGUGAGCUGGCCAAAGAACUGUACCACAAGCAUAAGUUACCCAUGAAGGAGAUUCCCACCUGGGUUUGCAUAGCACAACAUGAGUCCUCUUUCAAUACAGCAGCUGUGGGAAAACUGAAUUCAGAUGGCAGUGAGGAUCAUGGUCUGUUCCAGAUCAGCGAUAUCUACUGGUGUUCCCAUGACCAGACAAGUGGCAAGGCCUGCCACAUUGAAUGCGAUCGUUUGCUGGAUUCAGAUAUAUCCGAUGACGUUCAGUGCAUACGAACAAUCCACGAAGAACACACACGACUCUCCGGAGAUGGCUUUAAUGCCUGGACUGUCUACAAUGGACAUUGCAGAAAUCAGAACUUGGCCCAGUUGAGCGACUGCUUCGAAGGAAAUGAGAUUGCAGAGGCGGAUAAGAUCAGCCCUUAUGGAGAGAGGCCACAAGUGAAGCCUCAUCAGUUGUUGCUCGAGAGCCCACAGCAAAAGAAAGCAGCCAAUCAAAAUUAUGUGGGAAAUCCCUUCCUACAAGCAGCUAAGCAACCCACAAAAGUUAAAAAUAAAAUUACGAAUAAUAUAUCAGCUCCCAAGGAGCCACAAAGCAAUAAACUCUAUGCAUCCAAUCCAUUUUUCAACAACCAACUACAGAACAAACCUAACCUGGCAUCCCAAAAACCCAACUAUGAACGCAAUCCCUUCCUGAAAGCCCCAAUGUUAAUUACACCCACUGCCCUUACUUUACACACUUCAGGAGAAGUCAAGCCCCAUGUCAGUUUAUCCUAUGCCCAGAAUCCAUUCCUCAGUCUACUAGGCAAACCAAUUGUACCCGCUCAAGCACCCAUCAAGUCCAAGCCCCAGCCCAAGCCCUCGAGCCCAAGUCAUAGUCCAUCUAAGCCCACUCAGCUGGUCAACAGACCCUAUGUCAGCAGCGACAGCUUCCGCAAUGAGGUGAUUAAAUUUACGGCCACCUCUGCGGCAGCAGCAACAACUUCCAGCGUUACAAAGCAAUCUGUAACAACAACCACACGGAAACCUUUGACAGCGACCACAAGAAAACCAGUCUCAACUGCGGCCAAAACAACUAGCUUGCCGUUAUGGUCAUGGCAAACUUCUACGACCGCUAAGCCCACUAUAACAGAAAGUGGUAAUCGCUUUACGGCCACAACGAAAGCAUCAGCAUAUCCAACAACCACUCGAUCGGUGAUAACCAAUGGGCCCACUACUCGUCCAACUAUUGGGGCGGUUACUAGAGCAACUACUCGGGCCACGGCUCAUUCAACUUAUGGCUCAAUCCGCACAACAGCUCGUCCAAAUUUAUACUUAAACACUAACCCAACUACUCGUUCAACAACACGAUUAACUACUACUCCAACGCGAAGUCCAGUUUCAACAACUCAAAAACUCCAAUCAACAACAUCGAGACCAAUAACAGUAAGCAAAGCCAACACUCGGCCCAUAUCAACUGUUCGACCAAUUACAACCACUCAGAAAUCUACAACAACCAAGACAACAAAUCGAUAUUCUGCCUUAUAUUCACCAUCCCAUUCUCCAAACUUAACAACAAAAACUACAACCCGUUAUACCACUACUUCUCGCCCAACAACCAAUUCUCAAUACCAAUAUAUAUCUGUAAAUAAACCCAGCACAGCACCAAAAACAGUAAGCAAACCCACCACUCGACCUAUUACAACUAUUCGGCCAAUUACAACCACUCACCAAUCUUUUAUAACCAAGACCACAAAUCGAUCUGCUGCCCUAUAUUCACCAACCUAUCGUCCAAAUUCAACAACAAAAACUACAACUCGUUCUACCACUACUACUCGUCCAACAACCAAGUUCCAGAACCACUAUAUAUCUGUUAAUAAACCCACCACACGACCAACUGCACCUACUCGUUUAACCACAAUUCGAUACUCACCAACAACUCAGCAACCUUCGACAACGAGAACCACCAACCGUUACUCACCAACAACUCACCAACCUUCGACAACGAGAACCACCACUCGUUACUCAACGAUAACGGCACCAAUCACUCGUCAAGGAAGCACCACACCAAGGCCAUAUUUAUUUACCUCAACAACGAAAAAGAGUGCCACCACUAAGAAUCCCUUUGAUCAUCCGUUUUUCCAGAAAUUCAAUGCAAAGUUUGAGAAAGGAUCAACAACUCAAGUGCAAAAUCAAAAAGCGACCACAGCUAAUAAAAAUCAAACUACCAUCAGUCCUUAUCAUGCUAAAUAUGAAGAGACCAAGAUCAAAACAGGAGCUAAAACAAUUCUUUCCUAUGAGAUUGGCCAAAACAGAAAUACAACGAGGCCAAAAAGUGCCUUUGAUGUUUACCUAAAUUGGAACCAAAAUUUGGCUGGUAACCAUUAGCUUGACACUCUUGAGACUUGUAAAUAUGCGUUUUUGAUCGAUGUAAUACCACUAGUUUAGCAUAAUGGCAAAAUACUCAUGCAUUAUUAAUCCGUAAGCCUUAUAAAUAGGAUUUAGA